UGGAUUCAAGACCUUGAGAGUUUUAAAGCUUAGAGAUGUGUGCUCUGAAGUACAGCCAAAUUAAAGCGUAGUUUAGAUUUAAUCGUGGCUGCCGUGUCUAUGAAAGCAUAUCUCCUCGUUUUUCUCUCAUCUUCGACGAAAAAUACUCGAUCCUUUUUUUUAUCGCUUUUUUUUACUUACAGUCAAAAAAUUUGAUAGGCUAGAGUAUUGUUUGAUUAUUUUGAACAAAAAAAGUAUUUUUCCGAUAUAAAGGAGUAGACAUACUUAUUUACUCGGUAAAGAACCUAAGUUGUUCAACUAAGGUGGUGUACAAUGUAUUUCUCUUUCGUUUGUUUUUAAUCUAUAUUGAUAUUUUUUUGUUUUUAUUGUUUUUUAAAUAAAGUUUGAUGGAAGUACAACAUAAUCAAGUGGUUUAUUGUUAUUCUCAGUUUGAGAUUAGUUUAUAAACACAAGUGACCAUGGUCAUCUUUUCAGAAGCAGAUGGCUCGAAAAAUAUUUACGUGAACUAAUCAUAUUUUGCAGAUAAGUUCUACUGGUGACGGUAGUACUGAUUUAAUGUAGCUCUUAAGUGUUAUGUGAACGUCAUUUCGAAAGGAAGUAUGUCCAUACGUUACUGUGAAAAACUGAAAUAAUUUAGUUUUAUCUGGCAGCAAAUAAUGUAAAACUGGAUAAAAAAUUUUUCUACGGUAUGUAAUUUAGAUUUAACACACUGGACCAGAAAAAAAUUGAUUUUUUUUAAUUUCAUUUAAGUAGAAUUUUGAUUUAAGGUGAGUUUAUUGCAGAUAUGAUGCCUUUACCCAGAAGAAAUGAGAAUAUGAGAGAAUAGUUUCUGCAACUACAACGAAUUUAUAGUUUCUAAUCUACAUUCAUUAACUGUUCACUGUGUUUUACACCAGUUUUCUUAUAAAAAUCUAACAUUAUUGUUUGAUAUUUGUAUUUUCAGAUUUUAAACGCUUUUCCUACUUAUUAACAAUCAACAUGAUGUCGUAUUACAAACUAUCCAUUGUAAUCACAUUUUUAUUAUGUAUCACAAGUAUUCAUUGUAAAACUAAAAAUGUCAAAGACGAUGUUGUUAAAACUGUAUCAGAUACAUUGAAAUCUGGUGCCAAUGUUGCUUCGGAUACUUUUGAUCAAGCUAAAGAUAAGGCUGCCGAAGCUGCUAAAGUGACAGGUGAUUAUUUAGCCUCAGGCAAAGAUAAAGUCGUUGAAGCGGGACAAAACGUUGCUUCAGCAGGACAAAACGCUGCUUCAGCGGGAGUUGAAAAGGUGAAAGAAGUAUUCAAUGAAAAUAUUGUACCGGCUGCUCAAGCCGCUGCUGAAACAGGAAAAGAAUAUGCAAGCCUUGGAGCAGAAAAAAUCGUAGAAUUGGCGAAAGAUGGAAGUGAUAAAGUAAUAGAACUGGCAAAGGAAUAUGUUGUUCCUGUUGCGUCAGAAAGUUAUGAAAUUGGAAAAGAGACAGUGUUGGAAGCCUCGGGAAUAAUUUCGGAAAAGGCUCAAGUUGCAGCCGAAGUUGGCAAUGAAUAUCUAACAGCUGGUGCUGAAAUCGUCAAGGAAAAAGCUACCAUUUAUGCUGAUGAAGCAUUAAAACAAGGAAAAGAAUUUAAAGAUGUUGCUCAAGAAAAAUUACAAUACGUUGCUGAUCAAACACUCAAAAGUAAGUAUCUGAAAAUACUUUUGCACUCUGGAUGGGGUAAAAGGUCUGCAUUAAUUUUGUUUUUGAUAUAGCAUGGCGAUGGAAUAUUGUAGAGACUUUAUCCUUUUCUUUGUUAGAAAGAGCAGAGUGUCUAGUAGAGAAAUAUAUAAAAGUGUUUGAUCAGAGGUGUUUCUCGAAGGUCUUAAAACAAAAGUCAUCGGGAAACUGGGGCCUGUUUCUUAAAAAAACUUAAGUAGAAAAUCUUACUUAAGUCAAAAAAGACAAAGACUUUUUUGGACUUAAGUUUGACUUAAGUAAGAUUUUCUACUUAAGUUUUUUUAAGAAACAGGCC